AUGAGUUACCAGAACUUGGGGGAUGAUAACCAAGGGGGCUACGGCCAAUACAACCCGUAUGGCAGCCAGCAGAACCCCUAUGCGGCACAGCAGCAGCCGUCCAACACGCCGCCUAGCUAUGGAUACGGAGGUGGCUAUGGCCAGGCCGGUGCCAUGGAGCAAGGCAAUGGUGGUUAUGGUAAGUUUCAAGAACCAACCCGGGUCUCGGGGGGGAGCCCCAACUAUCUCGACGGCGCUUGCUUCCGGGACGCGAAAAAGCCAUCGACAACUGACACCACAAUCACUAUAGAAAUGUCCAACAUGGGCCAGUCCGGCGGCCCAACCGCAAUUCUCCAGAAGUGUCGCGAAUUGAAGGAGGGCAUCAGCGAGCUCGCUCAGAAGCGGGAGACCCAACUCAAGGCCGCGCAGAACACCCUGAUUGAAUCGAACACCGGCAAGGAAGACGCGAUCUCGCGUCAGAACUUGGACUAUGUUGAGGACGAGAUGAACACUGCGCUCCGCUACCUGCGCGACCAGUACAAGCGCAUCAAGGAGACUCCGGGCUCCGGCGACAGCCGCUGCCAGGGACAGGUCACCAAGGUUGGCCAGGACCUGAAGGAAGAGAUCCGACUCUAUCAGGCGACCCAGUCCGAUUUCCAGAAGCGCCUGGCCGAGCAGGUGCGCCGGCGUUACCAGAUUGCGAACCCCGAGGCCACCCCGGAUGAGGUGGAGCGUGGGGUUGAGCUGGUCAUUCAAGGCCAAGAGCAGGCUUUCAUGACUCCCGGUACCCGUUCACGCCAGGCCAACGAUGCCCGCCAGGCUACCAUGGCGCGUUCCGCCGCCAUCCGCAAGAUCGAGCAGGACAUGACCGAGCUUGCCAACAUGUUCCGUGAUGUCAACGAGUUGAUUACCCAGCAAGAGCCCGCGGUCACUCAGAUCAGCCAGGGUGCUGAGGAGACCCACCGCAAUGUCCAGCAGGCCAAUACCAAGCUGGACAGUGCUAUCACCAGCGCCCGCAACGCUCGUCGCUGGAAGUGGUAUGCAUUGAUUAUCGUCAGUAAGUAG